AAGCUAUCGCCAGCGACAUCUUCACCCAACGACCGCAAAGAUGUCUCUCGUUUCCGGCGAGAAGUCGAACUUCCAGUUCAUCCUGCGUCUCCUCAACACCAACGUCGAUGGCAAGCAAAAGGUCAUGUACGCUAUGACCAAGAUUAAGGGUGUCGGUCGCCGAUACUCUAACUUGGUCUGCAAGAAGGCCGAUGUUGAUCUCAACAAGCGCGCCGGCGAGCUUACCUCCGAAGAACUUGAGCGUAUCGUCACCAUUCUCCAGAACCCAACCCAAUACAAGAUCCCAACAUGGUUCCUCAACAGACAGCGCGACAUCGUGGACGGCAAGGACGGCCAGGUGCUCGCCAACGGCGUGGACAGCAAGCUCCGUGAUGACUUGGAGCGCCUGAAGAAGAUCCGCGCCCACCGUGGUCUCCGUCACUACUGGGGUCUCCGUGUCCGUGGUCAGCACUCCAAGACCACCGGUCGUCGUGGUAGGACCGUCGGUGUCAGCAAGAAGAAGGGAUAGUGGUCUGCGAGAUGUUUUCUGUGCUAUGAUGGUGUGGUGGGAAUGGCGUCUAUACUCGGCACAUUGCUUUGGGCGUGCUAUUAUGCAUUGAUGGAUGCACGGGUGGUCUGUGACAGCGGCAGAGACGCAAAAGUAGCAUGACCAGAAUCCAAUCAUCAAGUUCAGCGCUCG